ACCCCGCCAAGAGCGAUAAUACACUCAGAGGCUGACCUACCCGUAGAUACGGUGACGUCACGAUUCUAUGCGCGGUUCAAAUGUUGGCGGUCAGAAGUCACCAAUCUUCCUCAAAUCGACAAAAAUAAUGAGUACUUAGUCCUAAAUCGUUUCUCAGGAGUAGUUUACACGUCUGUCACACUGCUAUAGCUAUACAAAUAUGUGUACAUACAUGAAUAGUAGGAAUACUGGGUGUGCUCACGAGCUUUUCUGUGUUUUUAAUGUUCCGUGCACGUGUGUAUAUGUAUAUACACUUUGACCCCUGCAGGUGCUGUGCAAUAUAAAGAGAAUUUUUGUUUCAGCCAACUUAUCCGUUGCUGAAGUACUCAAGCAACGUGUCCGAGUUUUAAUAUGGGUCAUGACCUCACCAAAGAAUUUACAUAAGGCACGUGCCGUGAAGAACACCUGGGGAAGCAGGUGCGACCUGCUGCUCUUCUUCAGUUCUGAGAACAACACUGAACUUCCCACCAUAGCGCUGGACGUUAAAGAAGGGAGAAAACACUUGUUCGAGAAGACGACUCAGGCGUUUGACUAUAUUUAUGAGAACUAUUUUGACAUGGCGGACUGGUUCAUGAAGGUUGAUGACGACACGUUUGUGAUAGUGGAGAACUUACGUCACUUCCUGCAUGACAAGAAUGCCAGCGAGCCUGUAUUUACCGGUCGUCACUUAAUCCAGCCUAAACUUAAAAUAAAUUUUCAGAGUGGCGGGGCUGGGUACGUGCUGAGCAAAGAAGCUCUCAGACGAUUUGCAACAAGGGAGCUCAGUCCACCCGUCUGCACCAACCACACGACUGACGAGGAUGUCGAGCUGGCGCGCUGCCUCCACCGGCUGAAUGUUACCAUCCUCAACUCUACAGACGACAAACUGCGCACCCGGUUUCAUCUGUUUAACAUGGAGAAGCACCUGGGGAAGGGCCCUCCAAAAGGUCACCUUCCGUACGAGCCCAACCCGGUGAAAUGGGGUAUCGAUGGUAUCAACGAGCACGCCAUCUCGUUUCACUACAUCACACCUGAGCAGAUGUUUUCAUCCUACUACUGCAUCUACCACGUACGGCCUUUUGGACUUUCUUAUUCGUACGACUGGUCUGAGCACCCACAGACAUGAGUGAUCCGUGAAAAUACGUGAACAGACUGGUUUGCCGGAAUUCAGACUUCCAUAACAUUCUUUAACAAAUGGACUCCAUGCUACAGUGUGUAGUAAUUACUUGCUGAUAUUGUAAGAAGCUAUGGCGAUGUAAUAUGUGCUUGAAGAGGUAACUUGACACUCGUUAUUAUUGCUUACAGCUAAUAAAAAUAUGAAAGUUAGUUAUUAUUUAUUCUUGUACAUAAAAAUAUAUAAAUAGUUUGAUAUUUAUUCUUGUACAUAAAAAUAUGAAAGUUACUUAUUAUUUAUUCUUAUACAAAGCUGUGUCCUCGCAAUCAACAUUCCGAAUGCAGUGUGCUUAUGUGUAUAUAUAUAUAUACCAUUAAGAUGUAUAGAAGUAGUGAGGACUUAGUGUGCUGUAAAAAUAAGAGAACGA